UAGCAAAUUAGAGGAUUUUAAUAAUAUAUAUGAGAAUGACAAUAUUGAAAUCGUAGAUAUUAGUAAAGACAAUGAAAUCAUAAAUAUUAAUGAGGACAAUGAAAUCAUAGAUAUUGAUAAUGACGAUAAAAUCAUAGAUAUUAUAAAUAUUAGAGACAAUGAUAUGGAAAUGACAGAUAUUAUUGAUGAUAAUGAAGUUAUGAACAUUAGCGAUAUUAUUAAAUUUAUGAAUAUUAGUGAUUGA